CCGUGUCAUUGAUGAAAUCAUCAAGAGAUAAAAUUUAAUUUUUUUUUCACCUUAAAUAUUUUUUGUAAUUCUCACGAAUCUAUCGACAUUUAAGCGACCUAUCGACUUCUAGUUAAUUAAAUUAAGCAGAAAAACAACAAAACGACUGAUAAUGGAAGAAUAUUCGCGAGAACCAUGUCCUUAUAGAAUUGUUGAUGAUUGUGGUGGAGCGUUUGCUAUGGGAUGUAUAGGAGGUGGUGUUUUUCAGGCAAUAAAAGGCUUCAGAAAUGCUCCGUCUGGUCUUCAGCGACGAUUUAUUGGCAGUAUCACAUCAAUUAAAGCUCGUUCACCAAUUAUAGCUGGAAAUUUUGCUGUUUGGGGUGGAAUGUUCUCAACAAUUGACUGCACAUUAGUACAUUUUAGAAAAAAGGAGGAUCCAUGGAAUUCAAUCAUUAGUGGAGCAGCAACGGGUGGAAUUUUAGCAGCUAGAAAUGGUGUGGGAGCAAUGGCUGGAUCAGCAAUUAUUGGUGGUGUAUUAUUGGCUCUAAUAGAAGGAGUUGGUAUUCUUUUUACACGAUUAUCAGCUGAACAGUUCAAAAAUCCAUCACCACAUGACCAACCUCCACAAGAUCCUUCAGUUUUGGGCGAUCCAAAUAAAGCUGGAUUUAGUUUUGGACAGGCACCACCAAGCUAUCAGUAAAUAACUGGAAAUUUUUGUGUUUAGAUAUUUGAUACAGAAGAUUACAAAUUGUGUGCAAGUGAAUAACAUUGUGAGUGAUACAUAAAGUUAAUGAUUGUAUGAUUAAACAGUUUCUGAAGAUUCAAUUAAAUAAUCUUUGCCAAAAAUGAGGGAAAAUGUGAGAAGUUGUAACAAUUACUGUUCUUAUUUGUUAUUACAAGCUUUUCAAAUCUCAAUAAAGCGUAUUUUCUAUUAAG